UUCAAGAACGGAUGAAAUUUUUUUACAGAGUGUGAUGGAGUAACUGCGGGCAAUAGCAGAAGCAUAUUUCAAAGCAAGCUCGGAGAAAACCCAGUCGAAGGCAAAACAGUCCUUCACGGCAAUGGACAGCGACAGAGACGGGAAAGUCGAGAUGUCGGAGUUUUCAUCGUUCAUGUCCAAGAAAGGCUACAAGCUAACAGGCAAUCCGGAUUUCUUUAAGAAACUGGACAUGGACGGCAAUGGAAGCCUGGAUUUCUGGGAGGUGAUGACGCUCAAUUACAUCAUCCAAAGCGGCCGACCCUUCUGCGACUGCUGCGGCGACUUCAUCCCCGAAACUUUCUUCUCGUGCGUCCACUGCUUCAAGGCCGGAAAAAAGACCUUCGAUUUAUGCCUACGUUGCUAUCAGUCCAACGCCUUCCAACACGAUGCCCACGCCGCCGGCCCCAAGUUCUUGGACAACUACACCUUGCUCCACAAUCAACAGGCUUCCUCUAAUGGUCUGGCACGAAUGGAUGUCGCGGUCAAUACGUUUGGAUUGGCGGUCGAUAUUUUCAGCAACUUGUGACGAGUUCUCGUCUAAGAUAUUUGUAGGCAUAUGUAUUCAUGCAUAAUAAAGUCUGUGAUGUGGUGUAUUUGAUUUUCUACAUGUAUUACUUAGUGACUUAGUGUUGUGUGGUUUACACAUUCAUGAUGCAUUCCAAUUUGUUUGAAAUAAAUUUGCAGUUGUAAAUGUUUGAUAGUUUUUG